AUGCCUCGAGUUCGUGCUGCCAGUAGAGACAAGUUCAGGGGCUCAGGUCACAAACCACAGAAGUACGACGAAAUCUCACAAACUACAUUCAGGUUGAGGCAUUGGUCUCAAUUCAGUACAGGCAUGGCGCAUUUUGGGAUUCGCAUCGGCGAAGAAGUAAGUACGUGGAGUACGCUUGAUCCUGUCCUGUAUACGCCCACACCAGAGAAACCAUAUCAGGGCAUCUACGUCGGGGAUUAUGCGGGACACGGCUGUGAAUUUCUCCUAGUCAUGCAGACAGACAAGGCCCCUAGUGUACCCUCCAGGUCGACUUCGGAUUCAUAUUUUCGAGCCAUGCUAGGACUCCGGGCCGAAGGCGAUUCUAGUGAAGGUGAAGGGCCAACCUCUAUCAGCUGCUCUCAGGCGAUGGCACAUGGGAACGAAGAUCUAUUUCGUGGUGCUAUCGAGGCCGUGAAGUUGACGGGAGACCCCAACAUCCCCCGUGGCGAACACACCUUCAUCGCUGACGAUAUUGGCCCCAACGGUCUGAUCAGGAUUGCCGACGAACAGCCUUUCCGUGGCGCAAGAGUUGUCAGGAGUCGUGGCCACGUCGCCGGCCGCGGAUUUCAAAAUGACGAGUUUAUUCCAUCUCAGCUCAUCAUGAUCAGUCAUAAUAGAUUGGCUCAGUAUUGGGUGCCAUAUGGACAUAUUUCUUUCUAUGAGAGGAUUGACAUCGACAAGUUAAUGGAUGACAUAUUUCGGCCGAGCGGAAGUUGA